AUGCCUCACAGUCUGGGUGUAUCUUCCUCAUUAGGUGACAGCUUCUUGGGUAGCAACAGUGUCCUGGAUCAUCCAGACUGGCUCACCAGACUUGAUUCCCGCCUGCGGAGCCAGGAGGAGGAGCUGACCCUGGUGAAGUCGGCCCUGGCGGAUGCACUGCGGAGGCUCAGCUUCUACGACCAGCAAAUCCCUCUGCUCAGGCGACAGGUGCUUGAAGCAAACUCCAUCACUUCGGAAGCUAGAGACCGUACAGCUCUUCCACAAGACAAUGGAUCGUGGAUCCUGCCUCCCUCCCUCUCCAAUGAUUCCAGUUCACCUACCAGCCAGCAAACAGGAGGCCGUCUGGAGCUGCUGCCUGGAGCCAAAAGGACGCAGGGGUCAAGGAUCAGCGUUGGGACACAGACGGAGGAGUCGGCUAUGCUGGCGCAGAGACAAGGUCAAAGCCUUAUCAAUGGACAUGACCGGGGAGAGCCAGCCCAAGUGCCCAUUGACACGGGAGAAAGAGACUUCACCGGAGGCCCGACUAGUGGCUGUCACCGAGACCUGGUUAAGAACUCUUUUGGAAUACAAGGUGAUGGAGCAGACCCGGGCUUUGCCACAGGGGAGCAAAAUGUUCCGAAGGAACCCCAAACCCAAGGAGACAGUUGCUCCCUCCUCGAUGCUUGCUCAGACAAAGUUGAAGACGUCGGAGAGUCUCCCUCCGAAGACAGCAUUGACAAAGCGCCAGGCAUGGGACAGUCCCAACCCUCGACACAGCCGCUGGGGCACGAGACGCCGUCCCCUGGAUCUCCAUCAGAAGGGAGCAGCAACAGCAGCACGCCUGCCUCCCCAGUACCAGCCGUUCAGAGCUUGAUGGCCAGCAAAAAAGAACUGCUGCGGAGAAACAGCUCCUCCGACAAACCCACCAAAGCCAAGCAGCGCCUCACCAAAAAGGCUGCUUCCUCAGCAAACCUCUUGAACCGCUCCAGCAGCCUUGAGAACCGAACCAAGGAUCCCACUCUGAGUCCAGGGCCAUUGAGCACUCGAAGGAUGAACUAUAACCAAGAAAAAAAUGCCACCAAAAUGUUCCUGCGUGGCCGGCCCAUCACCAUGUACAUCCCUUCUGCUUUUCCAAACUACGACGAGCUGCGCAUGGAACUGCCGUCUGAGAAGUUGCAGCUGGACUGGGUCUAUGGUUACCGCGGUCGUGAUUGCCGCUCCAACCUCUAUGUGCUGACCUCCGGAGAGCUGGUGUACUUCAUUGCCUGCGUGGUGGUCCUGUACCAUGUGCAGAAUCGCACACAGCGCCACUAUCUACGACACACGGACUGUGUACGCUGCCUGGCUGUACAUCCGGACAAAGUUCGUGUUGCCUCAGGGCAGAUGUCUGGCGUGGACAAGGAUGGCAAGCCUCUGCAACCCUUUGUUCAUAUCUGGGACUCAUCCACCCUUCUCCCACUGCAGCAGAUUGGGUUGGGAAGCUUUGAGAGAGGAGUUGGUUCACUUGCCUUCUCCACUGCGGAUGAAGGAAUGUACUUGUGCGUAGUGGACGAGUCCAACGAACACAUGCUGUCCAUUUGGGAUUGUUCCCGUGCUACCAAGCAAGCUGAAAUCAAGAGUACCAACGAAUCUGUCCUGACGGUGGAGUUCAACCCGCAAGACAGCAGCAACAUCAUCACCACUGGAAAAUCUCACGUCUAUUUCUGGACUUGGAGUGGAAACAGCUUGACGAAGAAACAGGGCAUCUUUGGGAAAUACAAAAAGCCCAAGUUCAUCCAGUGCUUUGUGUUCGACACCAACAGCGAUGUCCUCACCGGCGACUCUGAGGGCAACAUCCUGACGUGGGCCAGGGUGGCGGCUGAUGUCCGGACGCUGGGCAAGGGAGCAAAAGAGACGUAUCAAAUCAGCAAACAAACGCGGGCCCACGAAGGCAGCAUCUUCUCCCUGUGCCUGUGCUGCGACGGCACCGUGCUCAGUGGCGGUGGCAAGGACCGGCGUCUUGUCCAGUGGAGUCCCAGCCUCGCCCUGCUCCAAGAGGUGGAGAUCCCAGAACAAUUUGGUGCCGUGCGCACCAUCGCCGAGGGCGAUGGCGGGGAGCUGCUAGUGGGAACCACGCGCAACGCCCUGCUGCGGGGGAGCUUUGCGGAAGGUUUCCGACCCAUCAUCCAGGCAAGCCAGGGCUGGCUGGCGCUGUGGGGGCUGGGCACACACCCCUCACGAGAACUUUUUGUCACCUGCGGCUACGACAAGCAGCUCUGCAUGUGGGAUGGUGGGGAGCACACGCUCGCUUGGAGCGUCACGUUAGAGGAAACGGGGCUCUGCGCCGACUUCCAUCCCAGCGGGAAAGUGGCCACUGUGGGGCUGAGCACUGGACGCUGGGUGGUGCUGGACACGGAGACGCAGCAGGUCUUAUCGGCUUACACUGAUGGAAACGAGCAGCUCUCUGUGGUGCGUUAUUCGCCAGAUGGGGAGUUUUUGGCCAUUGGCUCCCACGACAAUUUCAUCUAUAUAUACAGUGUAGGGGAGAGCGAGCAUAAAUACACCCGCUUUGGCCGUUGCAUGGGACACUCCAGUUUCAUCACACAUUUGGACUGGUCCAAGGAUGGAAAAUUCAUUAUGUCCAAUUCAGGGGACUACGAAAUCCUAUAUUGGGAUGUGGCUGGGGGUUGCAAACUGCUGAGGAAUCGCUUUGAGAAUAAGGAUCGUGAAUGGGCCUCAUACACCUGCGUGCUAGGCUUUCAUGUUUUUGGCGUGUGGCCCGACGGCUCGGAUGGCACCGACAUCAACUCCCUUUGCCGGUCCCACAACGAGCGGGUAGUGGCUGUAGCGGAUGAUUUCUGCAAGGUCCACCUCUUCCAGUAUCCCUGUGCCAAGCCCAAGGCACCGAGCCACGAAUACGGGGGACACGGAAGCCACGUCACCAACGUGCGCUUCACGCACAACGACGGCUACCUCAUCUCCAUGGGUGGCAAGGACACCAGCAUCUUCCAGUGGCGGGUGUUAGGCAGCAGCCUUCCCCGUAGUCGUUCCCUCUCCUCUGCCUCCGUCUCCUCGCAGGAUGCAGGGGUCAGCACCUGAAGCUGUGG